GGCCGCGCCGAUGGCGGUGAAUUACGCGGCCGGGCUGUCCCCGUACUCGGACAAGGGCAAGUGCGGCCUCCCCGAGAUUUUCGACCCUCCGGAGGAGCUGGAGCGGAAGGUGCAGGAGCUGGCAGACCUGAUCCGGAGCUCCUCCAAUGUGGUGUUUCACACGGGAGCAGGGAUCAGCACGGCCUCGGGGAUCCCUGACUUCAGAGGUCCCAAUGGUGUCUGGACUAUGGAAGAGAAAGGGCUCUCCCCAAAAUUCGACACCACCUUCGAGAACGCCAGGCCCUCCAAGACUCACAUGGCGCUGCUGGGGCUGCAGAGAGUGGGAAUCCUGAAAUUCCUGGUCAGCCAGAACGUGGACGGCCUGCACGUGCGGUCAGGAUUCCCACGGGACAAGUUGGCCGAGCUCCACGGGAACAUGUUUGUGGAAGAGUGCGUGAAAUGCGGGAAGCAGUACGUGCGCGAUGCCGUCGUGGGCAGCAUGGGGCUCAAGCCCACGGGCCGCCUCUGCAGCGUCACCAAGGCCCGGGGGCUGCGGGCCUGCAGAGGGAAGUUACGAGACACUAUUCUGGAUUGGGAAGAUUCCCUGCCCGACCGUGACCUGACACUGGCAGAUGAAGCCUGCAGGAAAGCCGAUCUCUCCGUCACCCUGGGGACCUCUCUGCAGAUCAAACCCAGCGGGAACCUCCCGCUGAUCACCAAGAAGAGAGGAGGGAAGUUGGUCAUUGUCAACCUCCAAGCAACCAAACACGACCGCCAGGCCGACCUGCGCAUCCACGGCUACGUGGAUGAGGUGAUGACCAAGCUGAUGAAGCACCUGGGGCUGGAGGUGCCCGAGUGGACGGGGCCGGUGGUGGUGGAGAGCGCCGAGCUGGCCAAGGCCGAGCAGCUGCAGGGGCGGCUGAAGGAGGAGCCGCUGUCCCAGCACAAUGGCACGGGAGCGCCGUGUCCCGGGAACGCGCCGCUGGAGCGCCGCGACGGGCUCAAGCUGGAGUGUCCCAGCCCGGACACGGGGCCGACGCCGGUGAAGAAGAUGAAGGUGGAGCCUCUCCUCACCUGACCUGGACUGUCCCUGUCUCACCUGGGCUGCUUUUCCUACCAACUUUUUUUUAUACCCUUAAAUAUUGUCCCUUUUUUUAUGUCAGUAUUAAACGCACUUGAAUUGUG